AUGCCAGCUCCCACAGGCCGCGCUUCCGGCCGUAAAAACCGCGUCCUGCCGUCCGCCCGGACGCACUGCCACCGCCGCCGCCACCGCCGCCGCCACCGCCGCCGGCACCGCCACCGCCGCCGCCGCGCCGUCCCCACAAGGACGUCUCCUUCACCGACGCGGUGUCGUCGGACCGCGGCGCCCGAUAACUCAAGAGGCCGUCGCGACGCGGCGCCUCGGGCGCAAAGACCGGCCAAUGCCGUUUCCCAACAUCGGCCACUAUGCACUUCCUCUCAUAUGCAGAAAGCCUCGCCCGCCUUGUCUUCCAGCAAUCGCUUUCCGCAUUUAAAACGAUGUCGCUCCGCCCCACCCCACUGGGCUUCGCGCGGCCACGCGCAGCGACUCCGCCUGCGCGCCUCCCCCGCUGCGCCGCGCGGCCGCCGCCCUAUUUCAGACGGCGCUGCGCCGCGGGAGGCUCCGCCCCUCGCCCGCCUCGCCACCGGCCUCGCCCUGCCACUCGCCUCGCCCUCGCCCUAUCCCUCGCCUACCCUCGCCCGUCCUCGCCCCGUCUCGCCCGUCUCGCCCGUCUCGCCCGUCUCGCCCCGUUCGCCCCGUCUCGCCCGUCUCAGGUAUCCACGUUGCAAGAGCUUUGUUCAACACAUCCAAGACGAGCAUGAAAGUUUUCAUUUCGAAGCGAGCGACAAGGACAUAAUGGCUCAUUCUUCAUGGUUUAACUUCAACGAUGGGUGGCAGUCAAAAUUACUGUUCGUUAAAUGCGAUUGGCACGACGACAAUUGGCACGAGCUCUCUCUGUCAAAUCUUCAGCCACACGCUGGACUGUCCAAAGGCGUCAGAAAACUUUCCCCUUUACCUAAACCAAUUCCGGAUGUGGAUACCAGGUACAAAUAUUUGGCAUUUUUAGCAAACAGUGCACUUCCAACUCCGAACUUCAUGGGGGAGAAAAUACAAAUUUUGAGCGAAUUUGGAGUGUGGAGAACGGAAGACGCCGAAAUCGAGUUGAGGGCCACCGCAAACGCGAGCAGGAAUGAGGAACCCGACGGACAUCCACUUCCUCGAUCCUGCGUCAACAGCAGCCCAACAAUGCGUCUAUAUAUUCCAAUAAUAGUGAAAACACGCGUGCAAACAUCUCGACGCUGGCCGGGGGCCGGUAAAUUUAUACUCGAGCGCGUCGUGUUUGCUUUUCCACCAAAACGCAGCCUUCUUCAUGGAGGAGGUAGCAGCAGCCGCAGUUCUAGGUGUGAAUCGCGGCCGUGGAGCGGCCUUUGUUUACACGCCUGGCGGUGGCGGGGGCGGGGCGGGCGUGCAGAGGGCUUCGCCGGCGCCGUGAAGCAGGUGGCGCGCGUGCGUCGGCGGCCGGGCGUCGAAGCGGUGUCUCCUUGGGGAGCCUCGCCGCUGCCUGCUCGGGCGGGCGGGCGCGCUGGCUCGUGCCUGCGCCGCCUCGCCUCCCGCGCGCGGGCCGCAAGCGGUCCUUGCCCUCCGCCGUGGGUUCAUGCCGGGGCGCGGACGCCCGCCGCUUGCUCGCUCCGCCUGCUCGCUCGCUCGCCGCUCGCAGCGCCCGGCCGCGCCGCCCGACCGGCACGCGCGUGCGUGGCGCCGUGCGUGCGUGCCCGCACCGCACGCGGCCGCCUGCGUUUAAAAUCCUCCCGGGCGCGAGCGGGCGGGCGUCCAGGGCGCGGCCGAUGCGGGGGUCGCGCUCCCGACUCUCGCUAUUUCUGCUCCCGCGCUCUAGGAGUCCCCCCCGUAUGUGUGUGCCCCUCCCGAAGAAGACGCCUCCGCGAGCAGCCGUUGCACCCGCUGGGACCGCCAGCGCCUCACCGCGGCCGCCCCGACAAACCACUUCUACACCGAGUUCCUCCGCUCGCCGCCAGAAGCGCUAGUUCAGUUUACCCGCCGGCCGCGUGGAGCGCCACCGGACGGACGGAGCAGCGGCGUGGGAAGGCGCGACUUAUGAAGGAUGCUGUAAAACAUGGUGCCAAUGGAGUUGGAAAAGAAAGAAAUACAACUUUAGUUGAUGGGAGGAGCUUAUCUUCACAGUACACGAGUACAGCGGACUUUGCCCUUUGCCAUGGCUCCAGCGCUGGGCCGAGAGUCGUAGUCCAAGGUACCAAGGCUUCUUCUCUGGCGCAGGGCCCCUACACGGUGGACCUGCAGUCGGUGGACCGGUGCGAGGACCAGGGCCGCAACCUGCUCGUGUACACCACGCGCCUGCACAAGAAGUCGGAGAUGGAGUACGAGUACUCGGGGCCCUGGCGCUGGCCAUUCGACCUGGACGACGACAACUGGCACGUGCACCUGGAGGCCGAGCGCUGGGGCACGCGCGGCUGGGGCAAGAACGCGCUCUCCUUCGACUCCAAGAAGCCGUGCAGCGACGCGCUCUCUCUCGUCGGGGACAUGUUCCGCGGCAUCGCCGAGGCCGCGGGCUUCGCGCCCACCUGCCCCGUGCCCAAGGAACAUGUGGGAGAACAUGUAUGGGGAUCGUAUGGGGAACAUGUGGAAAACCUGUGA